ACAAAAUAAGUCUAUUCUUUCAGGGAAAACGGAAUACAACUAUAGUUAUUGGUUAAAAAAUCCCCCACAAAUGCAAGUAAUCACUUUUACGGUGUUUAAGUGUGCGCGCGAAAAGGAGGAGGGACUGUUAUCGGUACCAGAUGAAGGACGCGAAGUACUCAGAUGUCUUCUCUCAGUGGUGGAUGCGGUGUUCCGGACCCAGUCGACCCGAAUGGCCACUGACAACGCUUAUAAUCAUGGAAAAGAUGUAAUUAAAAUGGAUAUAGAAGUCUUAGAUCGGGGCACUAAGGGCGCGUAAAAUAUUGGCACCCUGCGUAAAAAGAUGGAAUUGUUUGGAUAAGAUACUUUUUCGUGAAUUCUUUUCUUGAGAUCUCGAGUUAUGCCGAAGUAUGAACCGGCACUUCAAUCUACAAAUACAGCAGAGAGUUAAACACAUUUAAUUAAAAUUAAAUACGGUGUCACGGUGCCGCCCCCUGAUUCGAUUCCCGGACUUAGUGCGCGGAAACAAGAGGCGCGCAUCACUCGCUCUCGUCCUGUCCAAGCGAGGCUGAGGUGUGAGCGGGGACGCGCGUAUCGAUGCGGGACAUCAGGGGAAAGACGCUGAAGUCAUUCGGUCACAGCAUCGCCGCGCUCGCUCCCCGCACGCGCGUGUAGAACCGUCGCUCCACCAACAGUACCGAGCGCAGAGGGUUGACCCGAUAUGCCUCCCGGACGCGAAGAUGACCGGUUCUGCUCACAGAUCCCGGUAUCAAGGUAACGUUCUGACAGCGGGCGGAAACACCGGUGAAGUACAAAAUGGGACACGACCACCUGUUCUCUGCGAGGACGGCUGCUCUCUACCUGCUGCUCUUGUGCGGGUCAGGUCUUUGUUACGAGAAGACCCACUCGCACGCCGAGGAUGAGCUCUUCAAGACGCUGUUCGCUGGUUACAACAAGUGGUCCAGACCCGUGCCCAACAUCUCCGACGUCGUCAUUGUCAAGUUUGGACUGUCCAUCGCACAACUCAUCGAUGUGGAUGAGAAGAACCAAAUGAUGACAACCAACGUUUGGCUUAAACAGGAGUGGAACGACUACAAACUACGCUGGAAACCGUCCGACUAUGACAACGUGACGUCCAUCAGAGUGCCCUCAGAGCUCAUAUGGGUCCCAGACAUUGUCCUCUACAACAACGCUGAUGGAGAGUUCGCCGUGACCCACAUGACCAAAGCCCACCUCUUCCACACGGGUAAAGUCCGCUGGGUCCCGCCUGCCAUUUACAAGAGCUCCUGCAGCAUCGACGUCACCUUCUUCCCCUUCGAUCAACAGAACUGCAAAAUGAAAUUUGGCUCCUGGACGUACGACAAGGCCAAGAUCGACCUGGAGCGGACCGAGAACACGGUGGACCUGAACAACUACUGGGAGAGCGGCGAGUGGGCCAUCAUCAACGCCGUGGGCACGUACAACACCAAGAAAUACGACUGCUGCCACGAGAUCUACCCGGACAUCACCUACUUCUUCAUCAUCCGAAGGCUCCCCUUGUUCUACACCAUCAACCUCAUCAUCCCCUGCCUGCUGAUCUCCUGCCUCACGGUCCUGGUGUUCUACCUCCCCUCCGACUGCGGCGAGAAGAUCACCCUGUGCAUCUCCGUGCUGCUCUCCCUCACAGUCUUCCUCCUCCUCAUCACCGAGAUCAUCCCGUCCACGUCGCUCGUCAUCCCGCUCAUCGGCGAGUACCUCCUCUUCACUAUGAUCUUCGUGACCCUCUCCAUCGUCAUCACCGUCUUCAUGCUCAACGUGCACCACCGCUCGCCCAGCACUCACCGGAUGCCCCGCUGGGUCCACUCGGUGUUCCUGAACCUGAUCCCGCGCUGGCUGUUCAUGCGGCGGCCCGCGCCGGACGACCGCCGCCGCCGCAGGCUGCUGCUCUCGCAGCAGGAGGCGGCGCGGGCGCGCCGGCGGGGCCGGAUCGGCGGAUACGACGCCGGCAACUGCCUCAGCACCUCGGCGACCUGGUCGGGAGACGGCGCCGCGUCCGAGGACCACGACGGGAGCCCUUAUGAGGAUUUAGAGUUGGGAACGCUGACGUCGUACUUCUCCUUUCGGCCUCCUUCGCCCAGACCUCCAGGGACGACCCCGCCCCCACAGCAGAAACACCCACAGAGCGGCCAGAAGCAACAGGACGGGCCCGCAGGGACAAAGAGACUUCUCACAGGGGCCAGAGUCAAACCCACUCAGAGGCCCGCCGCGGCAGACCCGACAUUCCUGCUUUCACCGAGUGUUCUACGCGCUCUGGAAGGCGUGCACUACAUUGCAGAGCAUCUGAGGGCGGAGGAUGCCAACUUCAGCGUGAAAGAGGAUUGGAAGUAUGUCGCCAUGGUGAUUGACCGCAUCUUCCUGUGGAUGUUCAUUAUCGUGUGCCUGCUUGGGACCAUCGGCCUCUUCCUACCGCCGUGGCUAGCUGGCAUGAUCUAGCUCAUGUUAGCAUAGCCGUUAGCGCCGCUCGUCAGCAUUCAGAAUGUAGCUGAACUCUCCUUCAAGUCUCUGAAUGUGACAAAGGUUAUGUCAUUUGCUGCGCGAGCAGGUUUUUACUGUGCACAUUUUAGAUCCUUAUAACAUUUAAAAGGGUCUUUCCUCUGUACGGCGGCCAUUUUAGUGGAUCUCAGACUUAGCUUGUUCCUUUGCUCAACUUUCAACAUGCUAAUGUUAGUAAAACAACAUAUUUGGCAUGUUAGCGUCCUCAUGAGAGUGUGUUGACGAGCCAGUGUUUAGUAUUGUCUCUUUUAGCAUGUCAGUUAGCGCCACGUGCUAGCUAAAUAGCAUGGGGCCGGUGUCCGCGCUGGAUGAAGCGUGACGGUAAUGUGAUUACUUUCCUCUGUCGUUUGAAUAAUUCUAGUCUUAAAUGUCGUGAUGUAAUUAGCGGUACGUUACGUUACCUUGCGAUGCAGGGACCAGUAACGGCACUGGGACGCGAGCAGCUCGGUUUGUGACCAAUUAAAAAAACUAAAUGAGAAACUUUUUUCCUCCUUUGUUUUGUUUUGACCAACAGUGGCAUGAUGUACUGGGAGUCUAUAAUAUCCUGGAAUAGACACACUAAAUGGGGUUAUUACCUUCGCAUUGAAAAUGCGGAAGGUUAUGUUUUGAUCGCCGUGUAUUUAUUUAUUUAUUUGUAUGCGUGUUAUUCGCAAAACUCAAAAAGUAUUGAACCGAAUCGCAUGCAAUUUGGUGGGAUGAUUGUUUAUUAUCCGGGGACCAGUUGAUUAGAUUUUGGGAUCGAUCGGGUCAAAGGUCAAGGUCAAAGGUCAUGAACAGGUCAAAUCUUCUUGAAUCACAUGGAAUUUGGUGGGAUGAUCGGUUAUUAUCCGGGGACCAUGAUUAGAUUUUGGGAUCAAUCGGGUCAAAGGUCAAGGUCAUGGAAAGGUCAACAUCUUUUUUUUUACCAUAGCACGAUACAUUUUUGUCCAAUUGGCAUGCAACUAAUGCCAAAAUGUUCAUAAUUAAAUGCCCAAUCUUGUGAUAUGCGAAGGUAUGCGCUCUACCGAGUGCCCGUUCUAGUUUGUGAUGGUUUGGAGAGAAUUUCACCCCCUUCUACUGGUUUUCUUUCUCACGACGCCAUGAUUGCAAGUAUUUUUGAAUGAUCAAACUGUGUAAUAAAUACCCUCUUGAAACCUU